GCUCAUCCCGGCGCAGCACUGGAGUAGACGUCUCAAGCGCUACAUGCCGUUCCAGCAGUUACGGUAGACUGCAAUAAAAAAAAGCAUAGCAUGACGAAGUCUACGUGGUAUUUUUAUUCGUGCCAACAACUCAGUGGGACCAAUGAUCCAUAAAUUGCGGUGCUCCGAUGAUUGGGUCAUUGAAGUAUGGGUGCUCGUACGAAUGCCACAAAUCUAUCUACAGUCCUGGUCUGCGUUUUACAUUGACCGAUGCAGUGGCCAAGGUGAUCCAGGGUUCACGAUGUCGGUUCCACCUCGCAUCUCCGCGGAAUAGAAAUCAGGCUUUCUGACAGACAUCAUGGUGCCCACAUGGGGGAUUUUGCACUGCAAUUGUUUAAUGGGUCCUUUCCGUGUCAGACGACAUGCGAACGCAUUAGGAACUGAAACAAAGACUUCCGUUCGCCCCUUGUGUCCGUGGAAGUCCUCAAAUUUCAGAAUAGGUGGUGCACCGCCUUUUUCCAACGGAGGUAGCAAGACGACACAGAAGAUGGCCUUCGGAGAUUUGAGACUCGCUGACAUCACCGUCAGAACGUACGGCAGGAGCAACAUGCCUGACUUUCGUAUGGAUCUGAAUAAUUGGCUUCAGGCCAACUCCAUACCCAGCGCUUUGACUUGGAAGAUCAGCUCAAGGGGCCCGAAGCAUGCCCCUACUUGGAUCGCAGUCGCCUACAUUGACGAGAUCGAGUACGGAGCAGGCAGCAGGGCAACUAAGGGCGCCGCAAUGGAGGUGGCAGCUGAACAAACGCUGAGAGCUCUCAAGCGCAAGGCUUCUGGACGUUAA